AUGGCAGUGGCACCACCUCUGACAGAAACGGCGGGAGAGGCGCCUACCUUUCACGUCUUUUCCGCGAAGGCGAAUCAAUCACAAGACGCGGUUCAGGAGACUAAGGACUACAUCACUCGCCGAACGCACAGAAAGUCCAGAGCAGGAUGCUCUACGUGCAAGGUCAAGAGGGUGAAGUGUGAUGAGAAGAAGCCUACUUGCUCCCGGUGUCUCCGCAACUACACCGAUUGCAACUAUGAUGCGAAUUCGCCCAAAGCUUUAGAAAGCUCCACGUUCACGGUCGCCUUGGAUAAGAUCCCACCUUUACUGAAGGACUCAUUGGCCCCUACGUCGUCUGUACCCAGGACGCUGAUUCGAUCGUCUGCGGAUUUGCAUCUCUUGAAGCACUUCGACACCCUCAGCAACGAGGCUCUUCUCGUCGGCCCUGCGUCUCCCGGAUAUCAUAACGCAAUCCUCCGUCUGGCACAGAACCAUUCGUUUCUCUUCCACACCAUGCUCGCCUUGGCAGCAAACCACUUGCUGGAGAACGGAUCCCAGGGCUGGCGACAGGCCAAGCUUUCUCAUCUGUCGACAGCGCUGCGGCAGUUCCAGCAGACUAUCUCGAAACCCAUAGCCAAGGAGCAAUCCGAUGCGGUGUUAAUGACCUGCUUGAUGAUCAACGUGCAAUACUUCAGUUGGGUCGACACCACGAACCCAAAGGACUCCUGGGUGUUCUCAAAGGACCUGGAUCGUAUUGCUUGGCUAUUAGUGCAACAAGGGAUGGGUGCACUCCUCGAGCAAGUGCGGCCAUUUCUCGUUGACACCGAAGUCCUGCACUACUUUUAUGUGUCGCGAAACGAUCGCGAAGAUGUCAGGAGACUACCAGAAGCCAUGUGGGAGCUUUGCGAUGUCACGGAUGAGAUGGGUCUUCCUGCGAUCCACCCAAACCCAUAUCACGAUCCAUUGCAUGCGCUGGCGCUUCUGAUGCCAUUCGAACCGGACAAUUUCAUGAAAUACCUACACUUUGGAGCCAGGAUCUAUCCUCCAUAUGUUGAGCUUUUGAAGAAGAAUGAUCAUCGAGCACUGCUCAUAUUAAGCUACUGGUUCGGCCUACUUGGAAAGUCUGACCUUUGGUGGUGUCAAAGACGAGUCCAGCGGGACUGCCUUGCUAUAUGCAUGCUACUUGAUGCGUUUGGCAGCGAUGCCAUUCACUCACUCUUGGAAUUCCCAGCCAGUGCUUGCGAGUAUACGCUUCAGGCACGCAAAACGUCUACGGCAGCUUCACACGUUGCAGACACUGGUCUUGCGACGUAUUUACCCGAGGGUAUCUCCACAUGA